AUGCAGCGUGUAGGCGGGGCCCGCCAUCCGGACCUCGACAUCGACACCGUGCAUGGCAUGUUCGCGCUGCACAAACAAGAGCUCUCGACGGCGGACAUGAUGAAGAUUUAUGACAUGGCCAUUAUCGACGAAGUCGGCCAACUCCCGACGUGGAUCUUUGACAGGCUACUCCGACUGUGGGACGCCGCCGAUCGUCGACCGGCCCUCGUGUUCGUCGGAGAUUUCUGCCAGCUGACGGGCGCGGACGGCACCACGGCCAGGGAGAGUCGUCGAUGGUCAGAAAUGCACAUCAUGAAUCUGCACGAGAUGCGCCGCUGCAAGUGCGAUCGACUCAAGUGGAAGCUGCAGCUGCUGCGCAGCGCCACACCUAGCGGCGCUCAACUCAAGCAGAUCCUCAGAGGGCACCGUGCAAAUCUUCGCGGCAAAGCCGGUGCCAACCGACUCGAUGCCGAACAAAUUAGUGCUAUUCUGAAGGAAACACCGAAAACGACUUUCGUGACCAUCAGUCGUAAGGGUUCCGCUCGGAUCAAUCAACUCGCCCUGCGAGCACUCUUCCGGGAUGAUUCCAUCUUGGAUUGGAUACCGUGCGAUCCUCAAGAGAAUUUCAACAACUUCUGGAGAGAGACGCAGGUGGAUGCAGAGCCCUUUUGGAUGCCGGUGCACCAGUCCAUGCGGGUUACGAUCACCAGGAACGCCGACAAGGAGCACGGCUUCGUCAACGGGAUGGGCGCCACUGUUCAGUGCAUGAGGCGCAGCGGUGUGCAGGUCCUAACCGACCACGGCCAAGUUCUCCUCGUUCACCCGAUCACGCACGAGACUUGGAUGGCUUCUGCCGAAGAACGACAGCCUUCCCGUUGCGUUUGGGGUACAGUACCACACUCCACAAGAUCCAAGGUGCCACUUUGUCUCACAUAA